GCCCUCUCCUCCACCUCACUCUUUUCUCCCCAACCCUCAGUCCUCUACACAUCCUCCUGCUUCUCACCUCUUCAACUCUUCUGUGCCUUUACUUUCGAUUCAGUUUCUUUUUGCUUCGUUGUAUUAAUCAUGAGUUCACCCUUCGAUAUCAAUGGCGGUGCCUGCGUCGCCAUGGUAGGCAAGGACUGUGUCGCAAUUGCCUGCGAUCUCCGACUCGGCAUGCAGGCCCUGACCGUCUCCAAUAACUUCCCCAAGAUAUUUAACUACGGCCCAUCGACCUUCCUUGGCCUGACUGGCCUGGCAACAGAUGUCGCGACCGUCUCAGAUCUCUUCCGCUACAAGGUUAACAUGUACCGCCUGCGUGAGGAACGGAACAUUGCGCCUCAGACCUUGGCCAACCUGGUCAGUUCGUCGCUUUACGAGAGACGGUUCGGACCUUUCUUCGUCAGCCCUGUCAUUGGAGGCAUCAAUAGUACAACUGGCAAGCCGUUUAUCUGCGGCUUCGACAGUAUUGGAUGUAUCGACUUCGCAAAGGAUUUCAUCGUCAGUGGGACAGCUAGCGAUCAGCUUUUUGGUACCUGUGAAAGUUUAUGGGAGCCGGGCCUGGCUCCCGAGGAUCUGUUCGAAACCAUCUCCCAGGCACUUCUCAGUGCUGUUGACAGAGACGCACUCUCCGGUUGGGGUGCUCAGGUGUACAUCAUAGAAAAAGACAAGGUGACUAAGCGGCUACUGAAGGGAAGACAAGAUUAGAACAGUUUAUGUUGGCUCUUUGUUUUUUUUUUUUUUUUU